UGAGGGUAAGGCUUGCCGCUAACACCUUCCCCAGACCCCGCACAGUGCAGGAGCUCUUAGCACUGGGUACGUCCUUUUUUAGUCACGACAAGAAGGGUCCUGAAAUCCCCACCACAUUGGAUGGGCCAAACAUUAUCGUGCACUACCAUGCGGGCUGCUACCAUGCUCUUGUUCAGACAGCCAGUGGCGCAGAGGUGUCUGUCAGCAUGCCACCCAGGCCAGGAUGUUUGACGGGGUCGUAGUCCUGAAAAUACACCCAAAACACAGUCGUCGCCAAAUAGGGCCCCAACUGGCACUUGUCGCGCACAUUGUUGGUGGUCCAGGAUCCAAGUGAUCGUAAACGCGCAAGCAGACUCGUGGCGUGGGAGGUACCAUUCGUCAAAUGGAUUUCACCCUGUUGGCCACAGCAUGCUUUAUUUUUUCUUAUAUUAGCAUGACUGCUAUGCUACGACUUGUAGAUUAAGUUGCUUUAUUUUCUUUAAGAAUUAUAUGCUGUUUCUUUCCUUUUGUUUGUUGGUUCGAAAAAUAGCAUUUUACUACCUGGGUGCAAUUUCUGUUUUGGUUCCAGCUUGUGAAUGACUUUCUACAAAACAAAAAUUGUUCCACAACUAUUUCUUGGUGUAUUCCCUCUUAAUGCCUGCACUACCUUGCAAACUCAUUGCUGGACGUUUGCUUUUAUAUUUGGUGUUUCCUGGAAAAUUGGAUUAGCCUUCCAUUGAUUCAGGAAAAAUCACAAUACUCAUGGUUCCUUUCAGCACAACUGGUUCCUUUUGGAACCCAGGGUUCCUUUUGGUACCCCUGGUUCCUUUUACUACUCACGGUUUCUUUUGGUACAGCUGGUUCCUUUUAGGGCAUGUACAAUGGGGGCAGUAUGUUGUGGUCGCCCCAGCCAUCCACAUACACAAAACAGAAUGAAGCUAGUGCUGUUGAACAUAUGCCUCCAGUGGAAGCUACUACAUGUGAGAAUGAAGCACCUGGCUUUAAGUAUAACUCUCAUGGAAGGGUGGCACACGCUGGUUUUAAUGCAAAGGUCCAUGAGUAUUCUGACAGUGAAAGAGAGGAAUUAGAGUAUGAAACAGAAAUCGAGGAUUUGGAGAGCUCACCAACGUAUGGAAGAGAAAAUGAGCUGGAUGAAAAUAAUGGAUAUGAUCAAGACCUAGAAGAAGACUUCGGUUUUACUUCUAUGUCAGAUGAAGGGAUUGAGGAACAAGAGCCUAAGAGGGAACCAAGGAAGCACCGCCGCAAGGUGAUCGACUCUGAUGAUGAAUCUCCUCCGCCAAGGAAACAACCUCUCAAACGUGGAAAGGCAGUUGUUUUUGACAGCAACGAGUGAGAAAAACUACAAUCACGAAAGUGCUGUCGUAUGAAUUAUUUAUAUGGAGUCUGGUAGCUUCGUUUAUUUCACUUAUUUGUGCGAUGAAAGUUGGACAUGUUUAUGAAUGGUGU